CCCUGCCGCCGCCAUUGUUCACAUUUUUAAACUCGACAUCCCGGCGUUUCUGGAAGACCCGAUCAGUUUUUAUGCAUUCAUCCUCUGAGAUUGAUUCAACAAGGCUAAAGGGUUGCACUGAUAUUGAUCAUGAAGAAUUUCAUAGAUGGGGUAAUGGAGGUGGCUCUUUCCACAAGUCUUCUAGAAUUGAUCCAACUGCAGUCAUAGAAAUUGGUGCCAUAGUGCAUUCAGAAUCAGUUGUGGCAUCAAACGUUCAUGUUGGUUCAGGUUCAGUCAUUGGACCUUCAGUCACAGUCGGGCAAUCAACAAGAAUAUGGUAUGGUGUCGCACUCACUAACUGCACAGUUGGUGAUUGUUGUGUUCUCCAUAGUGGCGUCUGCAUUGGACAAGAUGGCUUUGGUUUUUUCGUGGAUGAACAAGGAAACAUGGUGAAGAAGCCUCAAAACCUAAAAGUGAAAGUAGGAAACCAUGUGGAGAUUGGGGCAAAUUCAUGCAUUGAUAAAGGCAGUUGGAGAGAUACUGUUAUUGGAGAUCAUUCGAAGAUAGAUAAUUUAGUUCAGAUAGGUCACAAUGUGGUAAUUGGAAAGAACUGCAUACUCUGUGGACAAGUUGGAAUUGCUGGCUCAGUAACCAUAGGCGAUUAUGUAACUAUGGGGGGAAGAGUUGCUAUUCGUGACCAUGUAUGCAUUGCCUCAAAGGUCAGGUUAGCUGCUAACAGCUGUGUUACCAAGGAUAUAAAUGAGCCGGGGGACUAUGGUGGCUUCCCUGCUGUUCCUAUUCAUGAAUGGCGAAGGCAAAUUGCUGCCCAACGACAGUCCCCAAAGUAGGGACCCAUUAUUUGAGAAGUCCAAAUGUUUAUGUAAGCCAUUGAGUAUAAAUUUCUGAAAAUUUUUUGUGCACUUUUUUUGUCUGAAAAUUUUUGCGCAUACUUAAAUUUGUCCAACUUAAAAUGAAGAAAUUCAUUGUGAGGAU